AUGGAUUCCACCGACCGUCUCCCCUCCGAAUUAUUUAUUGAAAUCUUUAAAAAGCUUGACGUAAAAUCCUUGUGCACUCUUGCCAAGGUUUCCCAUGCACUAAAUAUUCUAUCUUCGGAUAAUCACAUUUGGUCGGCGUUGGCGUUGAAACGAUGGAAGAAUAAACAAGGGAUGAAGGAUAUUUGUGACUGGAAAGGUAUAAUUAACCACAGCCAGAAUGAUAAUGAUGCUCGGGAUAAUACUCAAGAAAAAUCUAACGAUGAUAAUCUAAGCAGUUCUAGCGAAAUUCAGAAUGGUAGUGUAAACAAUCGUUUGAGGGGAUUUGAACUUUGGUUCAGUAGGCCGGGAGUCUGGAAACGCGUUUACGCGUUCGUGGAAGCUGAGGCAAAAAGAUGUAGAUGGGAUGACGAGGAUCUGAUCGACAAUGUUUGGUUGUUUCGGGGGGAUGAUGAAUGGUCAUUUCCCGUCCCACAAAGGAUUCCCAGUUCAUGGGGAUUCAAAAUGACAAAUCAUAAUGUGACCUUUGAGUCAUUGGACACCCAAAGUUUCAAGAGGAAGCUGAAAGAAUUUGAAAGAUGCCUCUUGAUCGAAUUUGGAAUGGACGUGGAUGGGAACGAUUAUGCCAAUGCCGAUGAAGGAAGUGAUUCUCAAGGCGGCAACAACCUUUCGGAUGAUAAUGCUCUUCAGAGAAACACUGCGAAUUCGGUCGAUCGGAAUGGCGACGAGUAUGUGCAUGAUAAUGACGACAGUGUGAUCGUGGUCCUACCGCCUAUUGGAUAUCACUACGAUGUGAGCAUGAAUGACCAGUAUUUGCAGGAUGGACACGGUCCCCUCGGAGGAUUUAACAGAGUAAGAGGUCGUUAUGUAAUUUUCCGAAUCGAUUAA